AUGUGCCGCGUCGGUUACACAUACAAGUACUGCCUCAACGGCGAAAACUGCCAUUCUGACUGCGGCUGGCAAGGCCGCAAUGGCGGACUUUACCCCAGAGGUGGGUAUUUUGUAGCCACAGAGCGCCUCGCCAAGUGCGGACCCACCAACCGCCCUCCCUGUAUCCGCUCUAGAUGGCGUCAUGAUACGUACCUCGAUGGGAGGACUAGCGACGAGUAUUGCCCGGCGUGUCAAAGGGUGGGAGAGACGAGCGGAGAUAGGUGGUACUACCACAGGUAG